AUGCCACCACCGUUGCCUUGCCAUAAAAUCAUCCUGUAUUCACCUUUUUCGCACAAGCAAUAUAGUAUGGCCAUCCACCCUGAACUGCUCAAAACUGCCAUCUCCUCCUCAAGUUUGUAUUUCUCCAGCCUUGCCAUGAACUGCGUCUUCUCCUGUCUCUGUCCUUAUGUCGUCGUCAUCAGCAUUUUUUCCGUUCUUCAACUCAGCGCCAUUUUCAACACACGAUCUCAUCCUUGCAGCUUCAUUACCUUUAAAAUGUUUAGUUGUUUUUCAGCCUUUAAUUUUACUUGACGUCCGCCGUCUAUUAUUUCCACGCAGUCAACCACCUACAUCAAACAACACAAGUGUCAUUUUUACUCCCCACACAGCACCACCAUCACCUAUUCCAUCAUCAUCAUCAACACUACCGUCUUUACCUCAACCAUCAGCAACAACAACACCUACUCUGCCUCCUCUUCCUCCAAAACUUUGUCUGCACAUUUACCAGAACACUAACAGAACAACUAUAUACCCCGUAUCAGAUCUUUGUUAA